CCCCAGUGCACCCAGCGCUGCAGCAAAGAACGCCUCUGCCUUCUGAAACUUACAACAAAGUCUUAGAGGGUUCUUUAAAGUGUCGACAUUUACGGCAACACAAGCUUGGUUCCACCCAGGUCCCAUUGUCCAAGUUCCGGCCUCUUGAAUUUUUACUGGGCUCUUCUAUUCAUAUACGGCUACUUCGGCUAUUGCUCGGAUACCAAGUUAAAGUGAAAAUACCGUUUGGAGACAAGUAUCUUGAUGCCAUCUUUUCCAUCCCAGAGAAGAAAUCAACAUAUGGAGUGAUUCUUACCCAUGGGGCUGGAGGAGAUAUGAAUUUCCCUCACUUGGUGUCUUUGGCAGCCUAUCUUGCAUCCCAUGGAGUUCUGUGCCUGCGAUUUACUUGUAAAGGCCUUAAUGUUGCUUAUAGGGCUAAGGCCUUCAAAACAGUUCUGGAAUACUUGAAGCUUUCUGAUGAUUAUAAACUUACAGGUGUCUUCCUUGCAGGCCGUUCCAUGGGCUCACGAGCUGCUGCUUCUGUGAUACGUCAGCUUAGCCAGGAUGAUGACGAUGACUUCAUUCAAGGUCUAGUAUGUUUAUCUUACCCAUUGCAUCGACCAAAACUCCAGUCCAAGCUCCGGGAUGAAGACUUACUAUUUAUCAGGUGUCCCGUGCUGUUUGUCUCAGGAUCAGCAGAUGAGAUGUGUGAAAAACAAUUGUUAGAAGGUGUGGCAAGCAAAAUGAAAGCCCCUAAAAAAAUCCAUUGGAUUGAUAAAGCAAACCAUGGGAUGGCAGUCAAAGGACGAACAACCGAUGAUGUCAUGGAAGAGAUAAAUGCACAAGUUUUUUCUUGGCUUGCAGAGAAUAUUGAACUGGAGUGCAAAUGAUUUGUACUGUUUAAGCAGUACCUUCAUUCAGCUAAUGUUCCCAAAUGCAGCAAAUUGGGGUUUGUUAUUUCUGAGAGAUGUAUUUUUUAAAAAAAAUAUAUUGUCAGAGAUGUGAGGUGUAAAUGCAACUGAAACUUUU